AUGCAUUUGCACCGCAGCACCAACCUCUCUGCCAUCUCACCCCUACCUCUCUCUACCUCCCAGUAUGCAGCAGCAACACAACUGAACAAAGGCCAGGUGAGUGCUGCUGCCCCAGAACACUGUCUGCUAUUUAUUAUCUGAGCUCAAAGGCGCAUAUCAUCCAGGUAAAAGUACUCAAGGUGCAAAGCACAUGGCUGUCAACUUUCAGAUUUGAAAAUAAGAGAUCAGCAGCCUUGAAAAUAAGGGAUCAGCAGCCUCACCUGUCCGGGGGACAGUCUACGGGAUAUCUAACAAUCUGGGAUAGCGGGAAGCAACGGGAAAUGGCGCUGGAAUAAGGGAAUUUCCCGCAAAAAUGAAUGAAACAACAGAGGUGAGAAAAAGAGAUUGUAAGGUGGAACGCAAGGCAGGAGGAAUACCAGAAGCGGGGCUUCAGGCCUGCUCAAGAUACAUCUUUACACCGAGUUUCUCUUUAUCACCCCCCCCAGGAGGCAAAUACGAGUGUUUCACUUCCCCAGAGGAUUGAAUGCAGUGACAAAUGUGAUCCAGAUUCGUUGGACAAUAAUAAAAUGGUAAGUGUUUUUGCGAGCGCACGCGCUGAACCCUGUCCGUGGAGCCUACCCCCCAAAGACAGAGACAAGAGACCAAAGUAUGGGUUCAAAUUGGCCACAACUUUAUUUAACUUCAGAAUGUGGGAAAUUUGGCCUAGGCCUUGGCAUGUAACCCUCUCAGCCCGUCUGGGACUGAGGAUGUGCAGGCCAAUGUGGUACAGUUGGAGGGGACUGUAAAGGACAAACUUACACAGCAUGUCCUCCCACCUUACCUCCGGUCAAAUGUAGUUUGACCUACAUGCCGCCGCACUAGGGCCAGGGACUCCCGCAAUCAACCCUUUGAUGGGCCCUGCAAACACCGCCGCGUGGGGGUGCAUGUAAUGCCUCCCCCCCAACUUGAAGAUAGACUAAGGGAUACCUUAGGUAAAGGUAAAGGGACCCCUGGCCAUUAGGUCCAGUUGUGGCCGACUCUGGGGUUGCGGCGCUCAUCUCACUUUACUGGCCGAGGGAGCCGGCAUACAGCUUCUAGGUCAUGUGGCCAGCAUGACCAAGCCACUUCUGGCGAACCAGAGCAGCGCACGGAAACGCCGUUUACCUUCCCGCCGGAGUGGUACCUAUUUAGCUACUUGCACUUUGAUGUGCUUUUGAACUGCUAGGUGGGCAGGAGCAGGGACCGAGCAACGGGAGCUCACUUCGUUGCGGGGAUUCGAACUGCCUACCUUCUGAUCGGCAAGUUCUAGGCUCUGUGGUUUAACCCACAGUGCCACCCAUGUCCCUAAAGGAUACCUCGCUAAGGCCUAAAAACUGCCACCCGAGGCCCUAAGGGGCCUUGCCGCCAAGAAACCCACAGCUGAAGAACAAACACCUGUCCGCCCAAUCUUUGCGGUCAUGCACCCAAAGCUCAUUUCCCGUGGGGGGUCAAAUGCACCCCAUCAGCCCUAAACAGCCCACCCUUCUCCACUCUGAUGGUGGGAUCUGGAAUAGUCUGCCAAUUGGCCGCAUGGUGUUGCCCAUGGCCUUGUUGAUUUCCUGCACCGCAUACCGUAAUUGAUGCGAGAGGGCCUGUUAACCCCUCUCCAGCACAGGCGGGGAAGGAGAUUGGACUAGCAGAUGGUCAUUGCUGGGUACAUGGCCUGCAAGCUUUUGACGUCUGCCCUGGCGGCCAGGGUCAGGGCAACGCUUUUCCCCUACACCAAGUCAUUCUCUCCCAGGUGCAGAACCAAAACUUUUGGUGGUCUGUGCGCAGCUGCCGCCCUCAGCAGCAUGGGCAUCAAGGCGGGCCCAUGCAUGCCCUGCCGGUCCACCCACUAGACAUGUACCUUGGGGUGGAUGUCAAGACUGCGGCCCCAGUAGCAACGAGGCAUAGGCUGCCGCCCCGUGAACGAUGCUAUGCCCCACCACCCAUAUCUUCGUGCUGGGCAGACCUGCAAGAAAACUAAAUUGCAGCCAGUAGUGAUGUAUGGAAGUGAGAGCUGGACCAUAAAGAAGGCUGAUCGCCAAAGAAUUUAUGCUUUUGAAUUAUGGUGCUGGAGGAGAGUUACAUGGGCUGCAAGAAGAUCAAACCGAUCCAUUCUGAAGGAAAUCAGCCCCGAGUGCUCCCUGGAAGGACAGAUCGUGAAGCUGAGGCUCCAAUACUUUGGUCACUUCAUGAGAAGAGAAGACUCCCUGGAAAGACCCUGAUGUUGGGAAAGAUGGAGGGCACAAGGAGAAGGGGACGACAGAGGACGAGAUGGUUGGACAGUGUUCUCAAAGCUACCAGCAUGAGUUUGACCAAACUGUGGGAGGCAGUGGAAGACGGGAGUGCCUGGCGUGCUCUGGUCCAUGGGGUCACGAAGAGUCGGACAUGGCUAAACGACAAAACAACAACAAGAAGAAGGAUGGCGUGCCAGGACAAAUGUAAGCCUUGUACGCCUCAGAACGCCAGCAACCCAGCUCCUUGAUGCGGGCAGAGUCUGGUCUGCCACUAAAGUGGCAGCCCCAAUAUGAAAAGAGUGCCCAAAGUAUUUCAGGGGGUCACCGCCACAGGCCACUGUAACUUUACGCAAGACUGCUUGAGGAAAGGGCCCUUGCGCUUGGGACGUACCCUGAGGAACCGGUGCAUGUCAGGACACAGGCAUGGGCCCUCCUGUUCUGCCGGGGCCAGUGUUAAGGUGCCCCCUUUCCUCAAUUGGUCAGUUUUUGAAGACCGGAUCCUGACCUUCAGAGUAGCCCCAGAGAACUUAAUGUCAGUCUGCGAGGCCUGAGUGAGGGGAAGAUGAGCCACACAUUCCCCAAUGCGCAGGGCACCGAAGGAGGCUAGGGAGACUGCUGCACGGAACAGACAUAUUUCAUAAUUUGACCAGCAGACCCCCAGUAAUUUUCCCCAAAUUAAUCUAAAAGACAACAUGGUCAGUAAAAAAUAAUAAUAAAGCCUGUCUGUAUCUGUUUCCAAAGGGGCAUUAGUCUGUUGCAGCAAAAACAACGAAAGUCACUUCUAGACAGCCUGUUUACUGUGCCUUAAGUCCUGAUUUCUUUGCACAACGUUUGCAUGGAAUUUAAAAAAUGUCUGUCAUUUAUUGACAACGCAUUCCAACUUGCCUCCCAGGAAGUUAAUGCCUCACCUUUCAUUUUCCUGUCAAGUUCCUAACCACAAAAAGAGUCAAUAUUUUUUGGGGGUGUGUGUGUUUGUUGCGCAAGAGCACCAAAUCCACUUUAACUGCACAACCUGAAUUUGCUAGUUUCUGCUUGAAAAACAGCGGGAGUCUUGUGGCACCUUAAAGACUAAGGCUGUGUACACGCUAUUCCUUUAAAGCACAUUUGAACCACAUUCUUUCCCUCAAAGAUUUCUGGGCGCUGUAGUUUGUUAAGAAUUUCCGGGAAUUGUAAUUCUGUUGAGGGGUAAUCGACAAUGCCCAGAAUUUUUUGGGCAGCGCAACAGGGGAGCAGAAUGUUUUAUUAAAGGUAUUGUAACAGAUUUGUAAAAGGAUUCUUGGUCGCUUCCUCUAGUGUGCAUUUUACAUUUGGCUUCAGGUUAAGGGCAGAGGCAACCAUGCUAAAUUGGCAAUAGUCAGCAGCUCAGGACAUUUUUUACCUCCCCGCCCCACCACCCUCAGUUUUGAUUAGGAUAAUGUUAUCAAAACUGCAUUCUGGGUGAAGUUGGGUUCCCUGGCUGGAAGCAUAGCAUUAGUUUGUCAACUGGGAAAUAGAUCUCGCUGGAAGACAACGGACGUUCCAACGCAAUAUGCGUUGGGUGUUUCCCUGAAGUCACGGUCUUUCCCUCUGGUAACAUUCAGAAGACCCAAGAGGCUUGACAAACCAAGCCCUCUUCCAAACCAAGAACGUGCACUGGAACUCAUCCCAUGAAGCUUAGCAGCAACCAGGAAGUUCCACAGAGAGACACUCAGAGUUUCUUUGGCAAGCACUUAGAUGUGGAAAUGGUUCCCUGAAGGCAGAAAGAAAGUUGUUAUACCACACACUAUAUCAUUAUCCAGACUCUUUCUUACAAACCUAAGGGAUGAGCGAAGAGUUGAGAGUCUGUUUUCAGUUCUGGCACUGGAAGGCCUAAACCGUGGCUUGCGGACUAUAAGCUUCCUUCAGGUGGUCCACAGCAGAUCCACAUUGCUUUUUAAUUGCUGCUUUUGUUGUCAUUAUUAUUUAUUAAAUUUGUAUUAUUUCUUCCAUUGCUUUUAUUUCCUGCCUUGCAUUUUUCUUGGUUUUCCAAAAUUUUAACAAAUCCAUAACAGAUUAAGCAAAUUUUAUACCACUUAAAAAAAGAAAAAGAUUUCCCACUCCCUUCUUGGAUAAUUAAUUAUCCCUUAUUGCUGAUUUUAUGUCAUAGUUAUCUUUAAUUUGCUUUUCUUUUUUCUUUUAUCCGUAUCCAUCAGCUAUUCCUUUGGUAAUUCCUGCUCGUAUAUUAGUUAACAUUUCCAGUAUCGUCAAGUGAAGAUAUUCUGGCAUUGCAUUUUAUUGCAUUGCUACUUUAAUUUUGUGAAAAGCAUAUGAAAUUAAAUACAGUGCAAGAAAGAAAAGCAGCAAAAUAAAAAGAACACAAUUACUAACCGUACAGCAUCUAGCACCAUGCAUUAGAAUGUUAGAAUUCCUUCUCCAUGAUUGCAGUCAUGGGAUUUUUGUCUAUCACAUGACGGUGUAUGUUUUGACUCCACAGAGUGGGAAGUGACAGAGACAGGAUGUUUGUGUUACUGUGUUCCGUGAAGUGGGACUAUUGUCCUUUGUUCUUUUUCUUUUUGCUGUCUGAUGCUAGAGAGAGAGGGAGCCAUGUUGCAGUGCUCCGUGUGUGUUUAUAUGUAAAUAAAGUAGAUUAGCCAAAAUGCUGAGUUGCUGAGGUCUGUUAAGCAACUGCAAGACUCUGCGGAUCCCUAAGUGUGCCGAUGUCUGUUGGCAUCGGUCGCUGUGAUGUUUGGGCUGAAGAAAGCUUUUGAAGCUCACGAACGAACGACGAGGAGGGAGAGAACAUGCCAGUUGGGCAUGUGUCUCUACCAGGGUCCUACUCGAGUGUAGGAAGAGCUCCUGACAUAGAAUUGCUACAAGAGGCAGAAAAAUCAUUAAGUGGUCCACCAAGACUCUUGGUCUAGUCCAUGGGUAGGCAAACGAAGGCCCAGGGCCCGGAUCUGGCCCAAUCACCUUCUGAAUCCAGCCCGCAGAUGGUCUGGGAAUCAGCGUGUUUUUACAUGAGUAGAAUAUGUGCUUUUAUUUAAACUGCAUCUCUGGGUUGUGGGGCAUAGGAAUUCGUUCAUAUUUUUUCCCCAAAAUAUAGUCCGGCCCCCCACAAGGUCUGAGGGACAGUGGACUGGCCCCCUGCUGAAAAAGUUUGCUGACCCCUGGUCUAGUCAAUGGCGCAGGGUCACUGCCCCCCCCCCCAGAUGUUGGGAAGUCAGGCAGUGAGAAAAACAAGGAAAAGAAGGGACAAAUGGCUUCGAUAGAAGCUGGGCCUCAUAACUUAAGGGCCCCCUCCAGACUGGUGAUUUUUUGAAGAUGUAAUCAUCAACAUGUCAUUGACGCAGUACAGUAUUGGCUGUGGAUUAAUAUUGGGCCAUCCACGCAUCUUUCUUCUUUAUUAGAUAUCCUGUGAUGCUUCCCCGUUGUUUCUGUCUGGAGGGGGGAGCUCUUCCUCCAUAGGAAGUGGUAGGAAAGCAGCAACCACCCCCGAACACUUGGGAUAUAAAAUGUUAGAGGAUUUCAGGACGAAGUCCCAGGACAUGGACCUUUGGGAAGCAAAGCAGUACAGCCACCCUGAAACUUUUGCAAGGCAUCAUCAGUACUGAAAGCGAGGUUGCAUACAACCAUAGCUGUCAACCGUCCCUUAUUUGGCGGGAAAGUCCCUUAUCCCAGCGCCGUGUCCCGCUGCUGUCCCUUAUUGAUGAUGAAUUUCCUGGGUUUCAAAGGAAGCAGCUCCUCUCUCUCCCUCCCUGCCGGCCAGGGAGGAGGGAGGCUCCAACUGUGUUGCUUGGCUGCGUUGCUCACCCAAUAAGGAGUCUAAGAACGACUGGGGGGGUGGAGCUUGCAUGCCUUGUGCCGAUCAAAUCGGCCGCGUUGCCUGGGGACUCGCCUUUGCUCAGCGCUUCCCAGCGGAGAGGUGACGGUGGUUUUCCUUGCUGCAUCCCCUUUGCCAGGUUGCUGCGCUGUGGGAACCACCGCUUGAGGCUUCGUUUGGCUGCUGGCUGGGCUUUCUGCCUUUGGCUUGGAGGGGCUCAGAAAUUGAACCUCCCUGUGCUCUGAAAAUCCCUUAUUUUGGCUGCUAAUCCCUUAUUUUUGAGGUUGCUGGUCCCUUAUAGCAUCAAUAGCAUCAUGAGCCCUAAUCACCAUAAAUGCAUUUAAAAAAAAAAAAAAAAAGACGACGCCUGCAGGAGCCUUUAGCCUGGUCUCAUAACAUCAAAUUAGGGAGCAGAAUUUCAAGAUCAAAGGCUGUGACUCUCAGCAGUUUUGUGACUCUUACAUGUGACUCCCAGCAGAUUUGCAUCCAACACUGCAAGAUCUGAUGCUUGUUGCAGCCUGAGCCUGUCCUGUAAUCUAACAAAAUAAAUUAAGUUUCUUCUCUCCUUCCUAGGGCUGCCUGGGAAAAAUCCAGCAAGGACUUCACCAUUAUCAUGAACUUCUGGUGCGCGUUUUCCCCCCGACGUCAAACACUGAGCUCAAAAACACGUUGUAUAAACUAUUGCAACUGGUUUCAAAGGUGGGUACAUGUUUUAUAAGGGUUGAAUGGGUUUGGCCACAGGGAGACCUCAGGAUCAUGCAUGAAGGUCGGAGGCAAAUUGAAAGAGUCAAUGUAGCAAACAGUGCAAAGGCACGCGGGCAUGAGAUGGAUUUUUGUUUUUAAAGCAACCAUGCUAACAUCACUGCUGUACUGCACAAUCCUAGAAGACCAGUGAGCUAAUCAGUUGGUGAAGGAAGUGGAAAGGGAGAUAAUAUAGAAGGAUGCAGGAGUUGUGAGGAAGGCACACCUGAGUCUAGCUACGCUAGGACAGCGCAACCAAAGGUGCAGUCUUGUUCUGCUUUGCAAGAAUCCCCAAGUCUCAAAUGCAUUUGCAAAUGCAUUGUUACGUCUGCAUUCCCUCUACAUUGGAGGCUCUGCACAGACCGGCUGCAUAUGGUUGUAUAUGCUGUUGUAUCAUAAUAAUAAUAGUAGUAGUAAUAAUAACAACAACAAUAAUAAUAAUAAUACAGUGGUACCUUGGGUUACAUACGCUUCAGGUUACAGACUCCGCUAACCCAGAAAUAUUACCUUGGGUUAAGAACUUUGCUUUGCUGGGGGUUGGACUAGAUGACCCUUGGGGUCCCUUCCCACACUACGAUUCUUUGAAAUUUUUUACCAAGCCCUUCGUCCCAGGGCAAGUUACAACAAUUUAAAAGAGAGUUUUAAAACUUUUUAACAGUUAAAAAAACAACCAUAAUCACAAAAAUAUAAGUCACCCACAGAUGCCCGCACACUGUCUCUAUUUUGCAGGAGGGAACUCAAGCAUGGGACCAGAGAUUUAGAUUGGUGCAAUUUAACUGCAUUGAAGUGUUCCAAGUAAGGCAAUAAAUCCCUGGCUUCCGGCUGCUCGCUUCCUCUGUGCUAGGGGGUGGCUGGAUCUCAAUGGACAUACGUAACUUAAAACCAAGGAGUCCCACUGAACGGCAGUCUUCCUUUAGGGGAGCUGGAAAGAUGGCAUAGCGCCCUCAAGUGGCUGCAGAGACAGAAACCAGAUGAGUAGACAACCUACAGCUGGCAGUGAAAGGGAAGGAACACAGAGUUCAUCCUUACCUUUGCAUCGCCUUUCUAGGCACAGGCCCGGGUUUUCCAGGUCCGUCUCUGAGCACUGAGCACUUAUUUUGGUCCCAGAGCUUUCCCCAGGUAAACCCACAUUCUACCGCAGAAUUGGACCAAACAGCAAUCAGGUUUACUGCAGGUUGCCAUUUGCUCCGAUUGAGCUAUAAAGCGUAAGUUCUCCCAAGGAAAGCACUUGGGACCAGCAAAAUCUCCAAAUUCCACUUGCCGUGAUUCACUUUUGCAGUGUUGUGCAGCUGACAGACCAGUCUGGCCACAAUAAGGAAAUUUUGCCCGUGGUAUGACUAUUUUCCACCUACCCACCUCAAGUCUUUGGCACCCUAGCUGCAUAAUAUAGCAAUUCUAAAAUAAAGACACGCUUUUACUCUCGCAAUAUUGAAUAUACCGCCUUCGGCUGUACUUGAGGGACGAGUUUAACAAAUUCCACACAAAAAACGACUAUGUCCCUGUGGAGAUGGCAGUACCAAAUCAGUGGUGUAUGUCUUCUGACUUGCACUUUUUAUAAAGACUUGAGGAAUGAGGUUAUCACCCCUCUUUUAUUGUCCAUUCUGGGUCACCCAGCCAUUGCCGCAGUGUCCUUUCUCUUGGCAGAUCAAGAUGAGCAGGUGACAGCAAAGGUUGCAAGGUUUUUAGCCGGGGCAAUUAGAAUAAGAUCCACUAUUUGACUAUUGAUCCCAACCCCCCCAACAUGUAUUUUAUAUAACUGAUUUUUUUAUCUUCAUUCUUUGCAUAUCGUAUUGUGUGUUUUAUUGCUAUGGCUGGUGGCUGAUGCAAAUAAAGAUUCAAAGAUACGGAGUGUUAUGCAGCUGAACUGAAACUCGCUAUGCAAAUGCUCUCUGGGUUAUAUACUUCCUUCACAUACAUGCCAAGAUGUACUGCAUCACCUACAAAUUAUAAAGUGUGCAAUAUCCCACCCAACAAAUUGCAUCCUUGCUGAAUUGUCAGCUGUCAAAAAAUGAUCUGGCAAAACAGCAGUCCUGCAAUAGCGAUCAUGAAAUAACCAGGGUUGGUUUGCUUUCUCAGUAACACUGGUCACGUGUCUUUCUAAGCUUAUAUAUUGUGGGAUAAGGGCAGAGGCAUUGUUACAGAACUAGCCACCUGGGCUGGAAGCGUAUUUAACCCUUUGGGAGGAUAAGGCUACUGACCCAGAUGACUAGGUACCACUUCCUGUCAAAGACAGUGUGCUUCUAUAUACAGUACUAGCUUCUGAAGAUCACAGGAGGGGGGAAAGCGUUUUUGCACCUACAGGCUUCCCAGGACCACUUGGCAGGCCAUUGUGAGAACAGGAUUGUUGUUGUUGUUUAGUCGUGUCCGACUCUUCGUGACCCCAUGGACCAGAGCACGCCAGGCAUUCCUGUCUUCCACUGCCUCCUGCAGUUUGGUCAAACACGUGUUGGUAGCUUCGAGAACACUGUCCAACCAUCUCGUCCUCUGUCGUCCCCUUCUCCUUGUGCCCUCCAUCUUUCCCAACAUCAGGGUCUUUUCCAGGGAGUCUUCUCUUCUCAUGAGGUGGCCAAAGUAUUGGAGCCUCAGCUUCACGAUCUGUCCUUCCAGUGAGCACUCAGGGCUGAUUUCCUUCAGAAUGGAGAGGUUUGAUCUGCUUGCAGUCCAUGGGACUCUCAAGAGUCUCGUCCAGCACCAUAAUUCAAAAGCAUCAAUUCUUCGGAGAUCAGCCUUCUUUAUGGUCCAGCUCUCAUUUCCAUACAUGUAUGCAAGUGAGAGAACAGGAUUUGGGCGCAGCAAUAUAUUGUCCCAAACCGGUUUGUUUUUGUUUUUUUUGCUUUUGAGUGCUUUAUUGAUUGAAAACUUUAUAACGGAAGUAUACAAUAGAUAUUAUAGGCAAAAUGAAAAUUAUUAACAAUUAUUCAUUCUUUAACUAAUGCUUGCUUUGUACAUCCACUUGAGAUUAAAUUUGUCAAGUGCUCCGAUCUUCCCUUUGCAUUCCCGAUUUAAAUUCCUUAAACAUGCGCUUAAGCUUUACUUUCUCCAUAUUAUUUGACUUACUAUAAAUUUGGUUUUGUACCAUUACCCUAUUUACACACCGAAGCUCAAUCCAUCUGAAAUCCGUAUCGUGAUAUCGGUUUCACCAUUUUUGACCUGACAAUAGAACACGAAUCAUGAUGUACGCAAGCUAUGCGAAGAUCACGAUGCAAGAAAAACCCAUGAAGCCAGCCAGUGCCUCUACCUAGUCCCAUCCUUAUUUAAGAUAUCGUGAUAUAUCGGUAUAUUGCGAUGUUUAGCAGGCGAUAUAUCGUGUUGAUGACUACCAGUUUAUCGCCCAGCCCUAAACAGGAUGCUGGCCUAUGUUUUCCCUUGAUUCAACAGCAGGGCUCUUUCCUGCGUUCUUAACCCCGAUACUUUUGUCUCCUACAGGUUGGAGGAAAUAUGGAAAGCAGCAGCCCAGACCUCCCACCCAUUUCGGCAGAAUGGCAGAAGCAAGCCUUGCAGGACCCCAUCCUGCUUCGCCUGCAGUCCUUCGCCGUCGUGGUGGCAAGAGUCAUUUCCCAUUGCGCAGCCUUAGCCAGGAAUGCAAACUAA